GGGGGGUGCUCGAGAGGAGGGGGGUGCUCCAAGAAGGAUGCUGUGUGGUAGGGUAGCGUACGACGUCAGCCUUGUGCACACAACAGGGUUAUGUUGUAUUCUAAACUGGGUAGGUGACCACAGAACAAUUUUCAUAGACCGGAUUUAACACCUUUUGAUUUUUUUUUAACACGGUGACAACCUUAUUCACAAAUAAAUACAGUUGAGGUCGACUGGAAAAACGCCAACCUUCUCUACCAAAGGUCUCAAUUUGGAGGAAGAUAUUCUAUCUGUAGCUGAUAAAGGAGCUGUCCGUGGCGCUGAAUUCCAGAUCCACAGAGAUCCCCAGUUCACACCCAUGCCCUUGUGCCACUCCUGAUAUCUCCCGUUCCUAGCAGCAACCAACCUCACCGCCAGAGCCAAGAUGGACGACGGCUACGGACAAGACGGACGUCAGGACUUCAUCCGCGGUGCCAAAGACAUCGCCAAGGUGGUGAAGAAGCAGGCGGGCAAGAAGGUGGGCCGCAGUGUGGACAAAAUGGCCGACGAGUACACCAAGCGCUCAUACAAGCGCUUCGAGGAAGAGGACGAGGAUGACGACUACCCCGUGCAGCAGAGCCAAGAUGGCGACGGCUACUACCGCAAUGACAGCCGGGCCAACGACGACGAGGGCGGCCACAGCGACUCCACGGAAGGUCACGACGAAGACGAUGAGAUCUACGAGGGAGAGUACCAGGGGAUCCCCCGGGCGGAGUCCGGCAAAACGGGUCCGGGGGACGGGAUGGCCCCCCAAGCUCAGAUCAGGGACCUGGCCCAGUUCGAGGCGGAGAGGAGGAAGGAUCAGGAGGAGCUGGCCCAGCAGUACGAGACCAUCCUGCAGGAGUGUGGCCAUGGGAAGUUCCAGUGGACGCUGUACUUUGUUCUGGGGCUGGCCCUCAUGGCAGACGGUGUGGAGAUCUUCGUGGUGGGCUUUGUGCUGCCCAGCGCAGAGAAGGACAUGUGUCUGUCAGAGGAAAGCAAGGGCAUGUUGGGUCUUAUUGUGUACCUGGGGAUGAUGGUGGGGGCCUUCCUGUGGGGCGGCCUGGCCGACCGGAUUGGACGGCGACAGACCCUCCUCAUCUCCCUCUCCAUCAACAGUGUGUUUGCCUUCUUCUCCUCCUUCGUUCAAGGAUACAGCUCCUUCCUUUUAUGCCGUCUGCUCUCCGGUGUGGGCAUCGGUGGCUCCAUCCCCAUCGUGUUCUCCUACUAUUCUGAGUUCCUGGCCCAGGAGAAGAGAGGAGAGCACCUCAGCUGGCUCUGCAUGUUCUGGAUGAUCGGUGGCAUCUACGCCUCUGCCAUGGCCUGGGCCAUCAUCCCCCACUAUGGCUGGAGUUUCCAGAUGGGCUCUGCGUACCAGUUCCACAGCUGGCGUGUCUUUGUGUUAGUGUGUGCCUUCCCCUCUGUGGCAGCCAUCUCUGCCCUCACCACAAUGCCAGAGAGCCCACGCUUCUUCCUGGAGAAUGGGAAACACGAUGAGGCUUGGAUGAUUCUGAAGCAGGUCCAUGACACCAACAUGAGGGCGAAGGGCUACCCAGAGAGGGUCUUCUCUGUGACCACUAUCAAGACAGUUAAGCAGAUGGAUGAGCUGGUGGACAUGGGAGAGGGCACCGCCUGGCACCAGAGGUGGAGGAUGAAGCUGGCUGACCUGUUCAACCAGGUGUGGAGCAACUUCCUGGCCAUAUUCUCUCCUGAGUACCGCCGCACCACUCUCAUGAUGAUGGCUGUGUGGUUCUCUAUGUCGUUCAGUUACUAUGGGCUGACGGUGUGGUUCCCUGACAUGAUCAAGUAUCUCCAGAAGCAGGAGUACUCCUCGCGCACCAAGGUCUUCAUCAAGGAGAAGGUGGAGCACGUCACCUUCAACUUCACCCUGGAGAACCAGGUGCACCGCAACGGAGAGUACUUCAACAACAAGUUUAUGAAUCUGAAGAUGAAGUCUAUGGUGUUCGAGGAUUCUCUGUUUGAGGAGUGCUACUUUGAAGACAUCACCUCCAGCAACACCUUCUUCAAGAACUGCACCUUCAUCGCCACCCUCUUCUACAACACAGAUCUGUUCAAGUACAGGCUGAUCAACAGCAAACUGGUCAACAGCACCUUCCUGCACAACAAGGAGGGCUGCAUGCUUAGCGACUUCAGCGACGAGAACAGUGCCUACAUGAUAUACUUUGUCAGCUUCCUGGGCACCCUGGCCGUGUUGCCCGGCAACAUCGUGUCGGCGCUGCUCAUGGACAAGAUCGGACGGCUGAGGAUGCUGGCGGGCUCAAGUGUUAUCUCUUGUGUCAGCUGUUUCUUCCUGUCGUUUGGCAACAGCGAGUCGGCCAUGAUCGCUCUGCUCUGUCUGUUUGGGGGCAUCAGCAUCGCCUCCUGGAAUGCCCUGGACGUGCUGACGGUGGAGCUUUACCCCUCUGACAAGAGAUGCACAGCGUUUGGCUUUCUAAACGCCCUCUGUAAGCUGGCAGCCGUGUUGGGCAUCAGCAUCUUCACCUCUUUCGUGGGCAUUACCAAGGCUGUGCCCAUCCUGUUCGCCUCCGGGGCGCUUGCAGCGGGCAGCUUCCUGGCGUUCAAGCUGCCGGAGACGCGGGGCCAAGUGCUGCAAUAGUGUGGCCACGCCCCUAAGGGGGCGACAUGGGGGGUCAGAAUGAGUAAGCCACACUGUGAACAACAAGUAGCCCAAGAAACCCCUAAACUCUGCCCUGUACGCCCCAUUGAAGUCAGAGCCUAUUCACAGGAAUUAGUUCAAUGCAGAUGCUGCACAGAUCUACUAAGCUGUAAAUAUUGUGGAUUGCCUGAUAUUGGAUGUACUGUUUAGAUAGACACAUCUCUAUACUACUAAGAUCUGUGGAACUGUGCUGCUGAUGCUUGACAUUGAUCCCUAUGAAUAGGCUGUGAGUUGGUAGAAAAAGGGAAGUGCAACCAAACUCUGCCCCUAGACCAACAGAAGCUGUUCCAACUUGAAUCCUUGUUCAGUGCAAUCUUAAUCACUGAGUGUAUGUGUUUAUGAGGGUUGAGGAGGUAGUUUAGAUGCAGGUCCCCAAAAUGAAGACAGAUUACUGGGGUUAUGGGGUAGGGACAUAGGGUCUAGUUUAUGAGCCAUGCCAAUAGCCCGUAAUAGAAAUGACCACUAGCCAUCCAAUCCAUAUUCACACCAAUUUCUCUGAUAAGCUCAGCUCACUUCCCAUCUACACGAGUCUACAUUGCUAUGGUAGAACGUCAGUCAUAAAUUAUACAUUAUGCCUUGAUUUGAACCAUUUUUGACUUAAUGGGUAAACCAAAACAUUCAGUUAAACCAAGGCCUCCUCAUUUUCAUACCUUCCAAGGUCUUGUGUUUAUUUUAUGUACAAAAUAACUGCCAUUUUAUAGGUUUUAGAACAUUCCAGGUUUACUUUUCAUUAUGGUUUGAAUGAGACUGUUGACAAACGUGAUCUGUUGAGCUUUUUCCCUUUAAAGCAUUCUUUCUAGCCGUUCUAUCUCAAUCAAUCAUAAACGGCUGCUCAAAUCAAUCUUUCAAAUCUCCAUUUCUGACAAUGUUGAAAUUUGUUCAGCCCACAUUGUUCGCCAUGUACAUUUUAGAACAGCACUUUUGUUCAAACAUUCCACAUUUAAAGCACAAAUGUUUGCUAAUGCAAAUAGGACUGUUGUCACAAUUUGUUACAAUAGUUAUUAUUAUUGUCACGUUUUAAACAAACGUUUAAAAGCCCACAGUUCAAGCGUCAUUCUUGCUUCAUGUAUCCUGUAGUAACAAAUGCCUUCUUUGUUCCAUCUGUCAUAGGUUUUAUGUUUUGCUCUUAGAAAAUGUGUUUUUGGAAAGUGGUAUGCAUAUGUGAAUUCGUGGACAAUUUGCCAGAAAGAUAGAACACAAUACGAAAAUGGCAUUGAAGUGUAUCAUGUUACUGUAGAUCAAUAAGUCAGAUGUUAGAUGUUGAAUCCAUGUCCCUUUUAAGAGAGAAAUCACACUGCCUAUGAUAUCAUUUGCCUGUUCUAACAUUGACCUUGGAUUUCAGGAACAUUCUCGCAUCCCUUAAACACAUCAAACCACUUUAAUGUGCACAACUGAAACAUACGUUUUCAUUUUUUGUGAUAUUGUGAAACAGGAACUAGAUGUUCAAAGUGGAGCGAAAAUCCUCAAAAUAAUGAAGUUGAAAAUAAGACACAAAGAUAUGGAAAGGACGUAGUAAACUUCCGUGAAACAUUGCAACAAUGUGACAUAUUUUCAGUAGAUUCCAUUUGAUAUUUAUUUUGAGUUUGAAAGAUAUUAAGAUAUAUUUAAUAUUUAUUUAUUUAAGAUAUAUUUACUUUUGGGUGCAAUGUGUUUCAAAAGAGACUAUAGUGGUAAGGACAUAUAUGCACUGUCAUUAAAUACUAUCAUGUACAUCAUAGCCCAUAUUUUAUUAUUUAUUUUGAUAUGGGUGUGAGACUGCUUGUUUGCCUGUGCAAUAUUGAACUUUGACCUGCAAUAUUGAUGUGUUUUUUUGUGGAUUUUUUUGUGGAUUCUUGAUAGCUUGUUUAUUAGUUGUUUUAUUCGAUACUUGGAGUAUGAUUAACUGAUGUGGCGAUACAAGUAAAAGCUGCUUUAUUGAUCGAAUGAUCAAAACGACAAUUAAACCUUGAUGAGAUGGGGAACAUUAUCGGAUGCUUAUGGGAAACAUUUCACCGAGCAUUGAAAUAGAAGUAGUAUAACUUUCCUUUGAUUUCCACCCUUGAAGCUUAGAACAUCAUGCUAUAUGGGUACAUUUAACAUGUUACACACCUCCGCUGAGGUUUUUUAUCAUACAUGAUAGACUAGGACUAAACACUCUGCUAAGGGCAGUGUCCUCAUGGGAUAUCUGAUCCAUAAAUUUCCUGAACAUUGGUUUGGUACCAAACAACGUUUCACAUUCCCCUUUCAGCAAGCACAUUGAUCAUGUGUGGUAUGUUCACAAUUGCAUGUUACAAAGAAACAAACUCAGAAAAGCAACAAAGCACUGAUUCAGCAACAAAGGAAAUGAUCAUAAACUGCCAUUUGUUAGGAUAGCAGCCAUAUGUAGACUUAACAGCAUUCUAGAUAAAGACCAAUCCAUUGCACUAAAUGUACUUAGCUGUACAUGCACAGUUGUUAAUGCCUUGCAUUCUUGAAAAGACCAAAACCUUUGAGACAUAAAAUAUAUCAGUAGCUAGCACAUGAAGGGAAACAGAAGGUAAAGCAGUUGACGUACGCACAAUAACUGCUUACAAGCGACCAAUUUAAGACAGUAGCCAAAUGAUUCAUUGGUACCAAAUGAGUCACGCAUGCAGUUGUGAACCGCACACAAAAUAAUCAGUAUACAUUGAUUUACAGUAGUCGCAGUAGACUAUUUAUUGACAUAGCAACCUCUCACUUUACUUUAUGUUUACAUUACCAUAAACUAGCAUAUCGUACGUUCAGUGUAUGAUCCCUUAAUCUAUAUAGGAACUUCAAGCCGUUACCACAUUCCUCAAAAUCGACAUGCAUUAGUCUACACAUCCAAACCAUUCACUGAUGGUUUAGUGACUGCCGAUCUAUAAGUGUGCCAUGAGUAACUUCUCUCAUUGAUUAUUGCCAAAUAUUUUUGUAUGUCUUAAGUUUAUACUAUGUCAUAAAGAAACUGGAAUAUAGAUUUAAAUAUUUAAAUAUAAUAUAGAUUUAAAUAUGUAAAUUAAAAGAAAUAAAAUAUAACCUAGAUCAUUAAUAAAUAUUAUAGCUCUUUAUAUCCUUUGACCCCUUGAAAAUAUUCCUGUGGUAGGGGGAGCAGUUUUUAUGAACUGAUUUGGGACGUGGAUGGCCAGUCUGUCGGAAAGUACAUUUAUUCACAAUUCCUCUAAGAAGUGCAGUAAUCUUAAAAGAUUCCAUUUGUUAUUGAAGAAUCAGCAUCAGCAUUGCAGCAUGUGUCUGAUCUGUGUUUCCAUAUCCUAUCUCUAUGUUGUCAUAAUUAUACCGCCCAUGAAAUGAUAAACAAGGAUGUCAAUAUUAAUGUUGUAUAGUACGACAUGGAACGCUGUGAAAUGCUUAACUAUCUAUUUACUCUCUCAGUGAACCAGUUCAGGAUAGUUUAAGUCAAGAUUGUUUCUAGUACCUGUAGUUGCAUAUUUUCAAUUCUGUUACAUGGUUUUUUUGUAUUCUUAACUUGUUGCUCGGUCAACGGUCAAUCAUGAGUGCAAAAACGUAAUUAUAGCAAUAAGUGUUAGAUUGUUUGUCUUUAAUCUCUCCCCAAAACACUAUUGGGAAAUGAAACACAUUAUAUUCUGGGCCUUUUUUCCACUGAAAUGCUGUGUGUUGGCUUCUACUAAAUGGGACUGAAUGGCUUAUAUUCACUUCUGAAACUACCCCUAGGUCUUUGGAGGCUUUUGUCAAUAAGAAACCAUUGCAAUUAAUUACAUGUAACAGAGAAUUUAUCACUGUCAUAGUACUGUGCUGUAGAAUCUGUAGUUGUUUGUAUGUAAGUAUAGAUCAUAAUAUUAGAAAUUACAAUACGGUAUACAUGUGGAACCAUAAAAAAAUACAAAGGACAAAAAAACUGAAGUGUAAAUGACAGAGUACUAUUGUAUGGUGUCUUCAAUUUACUGUAUUUUGUAAAUGAAAAUGGAAUAUAAGUAAAUACAUCAAAAUAAAUACUACUGGUUAUGAAGAAUACUUAAAUGUUACAACGUCAUGAUUCUGUUAUAAAGUUUGUGUGUGAGAUUUUUCUUAUCUUUUGUCAUCGUUUAUUUAUUUACCUUUUCAGAACUGCAAUGGAUAGCAAAGAAAAAUAAACUACUGUCCUAAUGAUGAAA